UAGAAACGGAGUUUUGACCGACUUAAAUAUUUCUCGAUCUCAGGUCACCCUAAAUUGAGAUCUAGAGUUUCGGCUUGAAACAAAGAACAGUGGACUUAUGUCAGCCAAUUUAUGGAAUAAAAUACAUAAAAUUAACGAGUUUAAAUCUCAAUUAUCUAAAGCGCUUAGUGAUGUAGACAAAUUAAAAGAGCUAGCUAUAUGGGAAAAUGGCAAGCUUGAAAAUCAAAUCGAUGCAGAGACACUUCGACGCUAUCGAAAGGCGAAGUCCAGGGAAGCUGAAGAACUUAAUAAGAAAAAAGAGCAUUUAAAAGCUGUACUGACGAACGAUGAAAACAAAAUUGUAAAAGAGUGUAAAACAGCAAGUGAGGAAAAAGCUGAGCGUUUGAAGUAUUUGAGAGCACAAGCUGAAUUGCUGGAAAAAAAAAAGAAAGAGACAGACGAAAAAAUUGCGCUUGAAAAGUAUGACCAGCGUCUUCGAGAAGAAUGUGCUGAAUUACGCCAGGAAUUAAGUAAACGUAGAGCUAAAGAAAUCGCGCGUGAUCUUUUAAUCCAAAUCGAAAUGAAACAGAAACAAAAUCUUCUAGAGAAACGUCAAAAUGACUAUUUGGAUAAGCUCGUAUUAACUCACUCAAAGGAUAUGUCCAAUGAAGCUGAUACGCAGAUGAUUGUAGAAGGAAAAAAGCGGAUCGCAAAUGUUUUAAGACAACAGAUAGAAAGAAAAGAGCAGGAGAAACUUGUAGAAAAAGCGGAGAAGCUGAAACAAGCAAACGCUUUGGAAGAAUUAAAUAAGCAACUGAAGCAAGAAAAAGAAGAUGAGGUAACAAAAAAGAAAUUAAGGUUCUCUAAGGUGAAAUUGGACUUGAACAAGUGUUUACAGGAAAAACUAUUAAGGAAAUCAGAAGAACGCAACCAAGAAGCUCAGUACGACAAUUUACUAACCCUUUUAAACCAACAAGUAGAUAAAGAGAGGAGUGGGAAGCAGAGGGACAAGACGUUUUGUAUCUUAGUCAGAGAGAAAUAUGAAAUUCGGUGUCGAUGGUGUUCUAAUGUUUAGCCCAGAUUCUGUAUGGUCAAUGUCUUAUGCAAAUGGAAGAAAAUCUUGCAGCAAAUUCCAGGGGGACCUUACCUCUUAAGUAGUAUCAUAAUGUAAACAAGACCGGAAAUUAAUUAUUGUGUUAGCAAACUAUUUUAUUUGAUUACUGAAGACAACGUGCUGAAUGAGAGGUGUUUCUUUUCUUUAAAGUAUGAUUACAAAUCGCUAACCUGACAAUGUGAAGCCCAAAUAAAAAAACCAAUUCAAUCAUUCGACUUUUAGGUUACUUUAAAGAAAGAAACGUUACAGUAUUUAGAGCAUGUUCGUAAUUCAAAAGAAGCCGAAAAGAUGUAUGAGGAAGAAAUUAGCAGAAGUAUUGACGAACAUAUUGCAAAGCAACAAAAUCUUGGUCACCAUAAGAAAAUGCAGCUUCUAGUAGCUAGAGAAAAUUUGAAAAAUGAUGUAAACGAAGUAUGUCGACAACAAAUAAUGGAAAAAAGAAAAAGGCAGGAUGAAGAAAAACUUGAACACAUAGAAGAAGUGAAACAACUGAACGAAGUUAUUGGACGAAUGAAGUUAGAUUCUAAGUAUGAGCUGCAGUUGCGACGCCAGAAUGUUGAGACAUAUCGUAACGCCUUAGAACGACAAAUCGCUGACCAGCGAACUAGAUAUCAACAACUAAUAGCUGACAAUGCACGGGAGUUUGAGAAGAAUAAGAAAACAGAGGAACAGCUCACCGAACUUGUGCAUAAUAUCGUUAAUUCAAAUGAAACUGACUACAACAGACAUCCAUGGCAAAAACUGUUGGCUACUGGUCACUGGUCUAUUCCAGUGUGGGAUGGUGAACCUCAAAUAUCGAAAUUUGCAAGUGCAAGGUAUUAAACCAGAAAAUUAAUAUUAUCCAACGUAUUUGACUGUUUUCAUAAUAAAUCUAAGAGGAAUUAUUACUAUUGCCGUUGUAAUUGAAACAUGAAAACCACGUGAUUUUACUAAAGCAUC